AUGGCGCCGAUUCCCAUCACCAUCAUAACGGGGUUCCUAGGCUCGGGCAAGACGACGCUCCUCCUAAACCUAGUACCACAGCUGCGGCUUGCGAACCCAGACUACCGGCUCGCCCUACUGAAAAACGAGUUCGGCGACGUGGCCGUGGACUCGCAGCUCGCCGCCAGCAGCGCCGUGUCGGGCGUCCAGGAGCUGCUCAACGGCUGCAUCUGCUGCAACUUAGUCGGGCAGCUGGGGCCGGCCCUGGCCGAGCUGCGCGAUUCUGUGCAGCCAAAUCGCAUCGUCGUCGAGACCUCGGGCAGCGCCUUCCCGGCCACGCUGGCCAUGGAGGUGAACCGCGCCGCGCGCGACACCGGGGGGCAGUUCGUGCUGGAUGGCGUCAUUACUGUUAUUGAUGUCGAGAACUGGAAGGGCUACGAGGACACGAGCUACACGGCGCGCGUGCAGGCGCGCUAUACGGACCUGGUGGUUUUCAAUAAGUGGGAGGACUCCGACGAGCGCCGCUUCGACGACUGCCUCGAUCGCCUCGGCGACCUCGAGGUUGAUAUCGCCUGGGUCAAGAGCGACAGGGGGCGCGUGCCCGUCGACGUCGUCUUCGGCAUCGAUGGCGGGCUGGCGCGGACGCUGACUGAGGAAGAGCCGAAACCGAAGAACGGAGGACACGCACAUGAUGAACACGAACACAACAAGCAUGAACAUAGCCACGACCACCAGACCGAGGUCGAGGUCCUCUCGGUGACGCUGAGAGGAGAGGGCCAGGGAGGAGGAAACCGGCCGCCGGCCGUGAACGUGCCGAAGCUCAUGGCCCUCCUGAACGCGGCGCCCAAGGACGAGGUGUACCGCAUCAAAUCGGUGCUGAUGGCGCCGUCAACGGUCCGCAGCUCCGGCGACGACGAGGAGCCGACGCCGUCCCAUGACCCGCCGCGUCGAUACAUCCUCAACUGGGCCUUCGGCCGCUGGACAUUCACGCCGCUCGAGACCGGAAACACAAACAAGCACGAAUCGAGCAACAAGACCGUGCUGCGCAUGACCGUGAUCCUGGCGCGGUACGAGAGCACCAAGUGGAAGAAGAGGCUCGAGUCGGGCGGCUUCCUCGAGCUAGACGGCGGUAACGGUGAUAGUGACAAGGGCGAGUUGACCGUGACCAAGAUUGCUUAG